GAGAACACGGACGUUCUUGAAACACGGACACACACUGCAGCUCCACAUAGCAGCACAAACCAGGUUAUCUGGUGUGGAGCAGAGCGACUGACCGUCAGCCAUGGAGCGCGUCAUGGGAGGAGGAAUGCUUCCAGUGGUUUUAACGAGUGUUGGUGUUUUGAUGCUGUACCGGAUACUUGUCCGCCUCAGAAGAGGAACUUCUGUACAAGGAGCUGUCGUGGUCAUCACAGGGGCCAGCUCUGGACUCGGCAAAGAGUGUGCACGGGUCUUCCACGCUGCAGGUGCACGGCUGGUGCUGUGUGGACGAGACGCAUCUCGCCUGCAGCAGGUGGUCCAGGAGCUCACAGCAGGCUCGACAGGCGCACAGCAGCAGACUCACACUCCCAGCACUGUUCUCUUCGACCUGGCUGACGUUGACACAGUGGACAGAGCUGCAGAGGAGAUCCUGCGAUGUUAUGGACAAGUGGACGUCCUCAUUAAUAACGCUGGAAUCAGCUACCGCGGCAACAUACUGGAAACCCACGUAUCGGUUCAACGGGAUGUUAUGGAAACAAAUUACUUUGGGCCCAUUGCUCUCACUCAAGCUCUCCUGCCCUCCAUGGUUCGCCGGCGCAGCGGCCACAUUGUCGUCAUUAGCAGCGUCCAGGGAAAGAUAGCCAUUCCUUACAGAUCAGCCUAUGCAGCCUCGAAGCAUGCCACCCAGGCCUACUUUGACUGCUUACGGGCAGAGGUCGAGCGCUAUCAGAUCCCAGUGACGGUGAUCAGUCCUGGGUACAUCCGGACCAACCUGUCGGUCAACGCUGUCACAGGAGACGGCUCCAAGUACGGAGUUGUGGAUAAAACCACAGCUAUGGGUCGGGACCCCGCAGAUGUGGCUCGGUCGGUUCUGAAGGCUGUCCGUCAGAGGAGCAAAGAUGUCGUUUUGGCCGGACUGGUGCCCAACCUGGCCAUCUACCUCCGCACGCUGUGGCCUGCGCUUUUCUUCAAACUCAUGUCCUCUCGCGCUCGCAAGGAGCAGAAACUGAAAGACGAGUGACGAAGCAGCAGGUGAGGAGACGGAUGUUGUGGUCACGUGGACCAAAGACUGAACGGACGACGACAGACGGAGCUUUUACUGUGCUGAAAACCUGUAGACGGUGUGGUGUGACAGGACCUGUGGUUUGUGGUUUACUGUUGUGAGCAAUAUCUGGGGCUGAGCAGCAAUGCUUAGUCAGUGAGCUAUUUCUAGUUUAACUAGAAGUCAUCAGAAUCACUGCUCAACGACGAAGAUGUUGUGUUGUUUAACUUGACUCUUGAAGAAUGUUGGUUUGAAGCAGCUCUCAUUUAAUUUCCAAUGCACAUGUUAAAAUUGUCUGGGAGAUUGGUGUUUGUGGGGGAUUUAACCUGUGUGUGUGUAUAUAUAUAUAUAUAUAUAUACAUACACACACUGUUAUGCCAAAAGUCACAUAUAUGAGAAGAACCUAAAUGCAGGACUUUGGUAAAGCUUUGCUGUACAGUGUUUCAUCAGAUGAUUAACCUGCAGCAGUUGCAGUUUCUCUGCUGUAAAGCAUGUUCUGUGGUUGAAGAGUUCCACUUUAACAACAAUCUCUCUUAGAAUCAUGGAACAGCACCUGACAUGUUUCUGGGUCAUUUCUUCCACGUGGUUCUCAGAACACACCACUGAAAUGAUUCUCAGGUCAUUUUAAUGAGUGUAGGGAAAACACUGCAUAGUCGAGUUGAGUUUCCCAUUUGAGUAAUUCAAACCAUUUUUUCUCACUUUCAGUCCAGAUGAGCAACGUUACAACUCCCCGAUGAUAUUUGUGUCCUGUAUAUUCCUGCUGACUUACUUUGAUAAGUUGUGUUGCUUUGAGAGCUGUGAAUUUAGUUUCUGUAAUGGGAACAGUGAGGGAUUCAGUCUGCACAUAAACCACUAAUCCAUCUCUGGAAAAGCAGGCAAACCUGAAGCUGUUAGCAGUAACCCUCAGGCCACACACUAACCUUUUAAAAGUUUGCAUUUGAACUGGCUUUACCACAAAGUACACGCAAUAAAUACAAGAAACAAGCAGUUUUUAUAACUAUCUUUAAACACAGAAUAAAAACACCUUUUACAAACUGAAAACUUAAAACAGGUUUUUUUCCUUUUUAGAUGCCACCUUAAUAUUAAGUUAAACAGAAAACAUUUUUUUUCUCAGAAAUGUUAACAAUAAAUAGUCCAAACAACAAUUUACAUUAUGUUACAAAAGCGCAGUGAAUACUGGAAUUGCCAUUUGUACAAACAAAAUCCUUCAACAGCAAAAACAAACUUGCCAGAUUAAAAAACAAAACCUGCCGUUUAUUCCAUGUUAAGAAUCAUCUAGGGUGACAACAUGAAGAUUUUCCAGAUGUCCUUCACAAACGAAUAAACAUCACAAGAGCUUGUCGUUUUAAAGUCAAAGCCCCCCCCAAGGUGCUCGAAGAAAACCAAUGUUUCAGAUCUGUGGAAUGACAAGAGCUCUCCUACAAUUUACACUCAGAGAUCCAAUCAAACAUGUUGAUGAGAAGAUGUUCACAAUACUGCAUAUUGAUGAUGCUGGUUAAUAAAAAUGAAUCUGAACGCAA